AGGUGGGCCCGGUCAUGCUGUGUCUGGACAUGAAGCUGGUAUCGCGGCUGCGGGGCCACUCCUCGGGCUCCGGCUCGAGUAACGGCCUCUCGGGACCCGGGGGCCAUCAGAAGAAGGGCCCGCGCCGCGGCAGCGGCGGCACCCUCAGUCCCGUGAGCGACGACCGCGACUGCAGCGACGACGAGGGCAUACCCAGCAUCAGGAUCGUGAGGGACAGGUCGCGCUCCGUCUGCAUGCCCGUCCUCACCUCCUCGCAGCUGAGGCACCUGCACAGGCGCGCCAGCCACCACCUAUCAUCGACUGACACAGUCUCACGCCGAGGUGUCCUGUCGCGGCGAUGCUAUGGCAGUGUGGAAAUGCUGCCGCAGAUCGAGCAGGAUGGGGUGGACGGGCGCCGAUUCCGGGUGGAAAAUGGCGACUCGCCGGGCGAGAAAGAGGAGAUGUUCGGGUCACCAAGCACACCUGUACUCGAGAAUCCAGAAUACCAGACGCGCUGGUACUUCAAGUAUUUCCUUGGCAAAUUGCACCAGAAUUACGUGGCCGCGGAUCAGGAGAGGAACCCCUUGUUCCUCUCGGUAGUCAUCAGCGAGGGCGGUGAUCGAUGUGUGCCACAUUACCGAGUGAUACUUUGGCGGCGGACGGGCGCGCAGAAGAUAUCCCUGCCGUACUCCAGCAAUAAGUCGAUGACCGUUAGACAGAUACUCAGCAACUAUUUUGGGAUUGAGAAGCUCGAGAAAGUGCCGAGGGAAGUCGUCUCUCCUGAAAUUCAAAAAGAUCUGCUAUUAUUAGAAGAACAAGAGGGUUCUGUGAAUUUCAAAUUCGGAGUAAUUUAUGCAAAAGAAGGCCAAACGACGGAUGACGAAAUGUUAUCCAAUGAGACCGGAAGCCCGGAAUUUGACAAGUUCCUGGAGGUAUUGGGACAAAAAAUACAUCUCCGAGGAUGGGACAAAUAUCGAGGUGGCCUGGACAUAAAAGGCGACAUGACGGGCAAGGAAAGCAUCUACACGGUGUAUGCGGGCCACGAGGUAAUGUACCAUGUCUCGACGAUGCUGCCACACUCGAAGGACAAUCCCCAGCAACUCGAGCGCAAGCGACACAUCGGCAACGAUAUCGUCAACAUCAUCUACACGGACGACCCGAGCCUCCUCGAGAGCUUCAAUCCCAACUGCAUCAAGAGCCAAUUCACCCACGUGUUUGCCGUGAUAACGAGUGACAAGGUUGACGACACGGAUGGCCCCACCUGGCGCAUCGCCAUCUACUGCGACGAGAGUGUUCCGCUCUUCGGGCCGAGCCUCCCGUGCCCUCCCGUCUUCGAGGACCCCGGCAACUUCCGGGAGUUCCUCCUUGUGAAGCUCAUCAAUGGUGAGAAAGCGACUUUCGACACGCCCACGUUCUCGCGAAAGCGGGAGCGUACCCUCGACAUGCUCCUCAGGGACAUGUACCAGGAGCACACGCAGGACAGCAAAAGCAACACAAUGCUGAAUCGGCGGGCACUGUCGGACGUCGUGGAGACGCCGGGGCGCAGGCGCGAGGAGACCCGAGCCGCGGAGAUGGUGCGGGUCGGCCAGGCGCUCAAGCUCGAGGCGAUAGUCCAUGGAUUGGCGCCUACGUCCCUCGCGACCGUCGGCCCCCUCAAGCCCCGGCCCUGGGAGCCCCGAUGCAUAUACCCGGACUUUCCCCACGAGGUCGUAUGCGGCGACGUGUGGGUCGAAGGUCGGCUCGUUGUCGCCAGCGAAAGCGGCACUUACCUACUGGAAGACAACAUGACGCACCGGCUACUCUUCGACAAAAGCGUGCAGAUGAAGCAGCUAGACGUGAUCGAACAGCACGGUAUCCUGCUCUUCCGCACCGGGGACAAAGGCAAGGACUGCAACGUGCACGUGUUCCGGCUGAGCGAGCUCGAGGCCGACGGCGAAUCAUCCGCCUCGUCGUCGGCAGGCCCGAGCAACGAGGCCCAAGACGACGAUGACGAGGACGAGGACGAGGAGCAGGAAACCGGCUCGAGGCUUCGACAGCCUAGCGCCAGAACGCGGGCCCAGACGAAGCAGCGCAGGCUCGAACGUACCAAGGGCUGCCAUCUUUAUUGCCUCACUAGGCCUGGGGGCUCGCACCUGAGAAUGUGCGUCUCAGUGGGUAAGCGUCUGAGCGUCCUCCAGUGGAAGCACAACGCCGCCUGGACGACGUGGUGCGCGGCAGCGGACACGGACACCGUCGACGGUUUCCUGCUGCUGCGCGAGCUCCAAGCGAGCGAGCCGCCGACGAUAAUGACGAUAAUCGAGAGCCAGGAACCCGGCCGCGAGUGGAUGAUCUGCUGUGGUCUGCGCCACCACUUCGAGCUCAUCUACGCGGACGGGGGCUCGCGAAGCCUCCACCUGGAGGCCAGCGCCAAGCCGCACCUCGUCGCGGCCCUGGACUUCUGCGAGGACGAGGAGCCUGAACUACUAUUAUGCUAUAACAAUACCUGUCACUUUCAAAAACUGUCCGACGAAAGCUCAGCGCCAAUGGAGUUCGACUUCAACUGGAACUCCGUGCCAAUCGCCGUAGCCUGCGCAUUCCCGUACGUGAUCGCCUUCACCGCCGACACGAUGGAAAUACGGCUGAUUAUCAACGGCAACCUCGUGCACACGAUCGCGAUGCCAAACCUCAGCCUCAUCACCUCCAAGCAGGAUAUAUUCUUCGCCUCGACCGCCCCGGAAUUCCUCGCCUUCAAGCUCGAUAAGGACGAGAGGAACCACAGCCCGCCCUCGUCGCAGUCCAGCCUGCAAACAUCGAUCAUUCACGCUGCCCAUAAUCGAAAAGCCAAAUAUUCCAUUUGCCACUCGAAUUACAUACGUCUCUCGUAUAUCUACGAUCCAACAGGCAGCCAGGGUGAGUCGGGAAUAGCGAUGCGCAUCUACCGGAUCCCCUUGCAGACGCUCUCGCGCACGGGGAUGACGAGCUGCGGUCAGCGACGUUGCCCGAGUCCCGCCGACCCGGAUCCCGGUUCCGAGAGCGGACCCAGCUCCAGCUCCAAUAGCAACUUCCUGAGCGCUGAGCCCCAGCAACAUCAUCGGAUGCUCAGCCGUUCGUGCAGUAGCAGCCCGACCCCCAGCCUCGGUGCCUCGGUCUCGAGCUCCUCCAGCAAGUGAGCGCGGCCAAUGGAAGUCAACGAGAAUGAGGUGGAGGAAGUGGAGGAAAAAAAGGAUAAGAAGAA